UUAUUAGAUCACAUUUGUUGGAUUAUCUCCAAACCACCUUCCCGCAGUCGCCGACUCUCCUCCUGUAAGCUCUCUCUCUUCACGCGCUCUCACCUCUCACCACUUAAUUGGUUUACAGUUGCGGGUAACUCCAGCGUUUUCAUUGACUUUAGGGAUUUAUACUGUUUCCAGAAGACCCAAAGGCCUCAUCGAGAACGAAAUCCAGAAAAAAAAGAUAAAAAGAAAAAAAAAAUCGAUUACCGGGGUCUCGCUCGAUGUACUUUUGGGUUUUCGAUUUUAGUUACAGCGUAGCUGUGUAGUAGAGACUGAAAAUUUGAGGGAGAAGUUUAUCUAUUGCUCAAGGGUUCUGCCUUUCCAAUUUCGUUUGUAUCUUUCCUGUAGCGAAUCCCGAAUUCAAUAAAGAGAUUCAGUAAUACUUAUUUUUAUUUUUUUCAUUUUCUCAGUUGAUUGAUUGUUCGCGAUAACCUAAUUGUUGUUUAUGCUUUCAUGAGAGCUGAUUGUUAACUGUUAUCGGAAAUAAGAAAGAGAGAUUUUUGUUGCUAUUUUCUUUGUUAGUAUUUCAUUUUUAUGUUCCGAGAGAGUGAAAAAAAAAGAAAUAAAACUAAAAAUUAUUAGCAAAGAGAAGGAAACUGCGUUGAAUUGCUGAGAAGGGUUUAGCUAAUGGGUAGCCCUGGAUCAAGUGCUUUGGCUACUGCAACUCGUGUCGGAUUAUCCGAGCCCAUCUCGACUGGUGGCCCUUCAGAAUCUGACGUUUCUAAGACUCGUGAGUUAGAAAAGUUUCUUGUAGAUGCGGGAUUGUAUGAGAGUCAUGACGAAGCUAUCAAAAGAGAGGAAGUUCUUGGUAGAUUAGACCAGAUUGUCAAGACAUGGGUGAAGAAUGUUAGCCGUGUUAGAGGUUAUAAUGGAUCAGUAAUUCAAGAGGCAAAUGCAAAGAUUUUCACAUUUGGUUCUUACCGGCUUGGUGUACAUGGACCUGGUGCUGAUAUUGAUACCUUAUGCGUCGGACCUAAAUAUGCUACUCGAAAUGAAGACUUCUUUGGCGAACUUCACAGAAUGCUUUCAGAUAUGCCUGAAGUACAAGAGCUGCAUCCUGUACCAGAUGCUCAUGUACCGGUGAUGAGGUUCAAGUUCAAUGGUGUCUCUAUAGAUCUACUUUAUGCAAACGUGUCCCUGUGGAUUAUUCCUGAAGAUUUGGAUAUUUCACAAGAAUCUAUUCUCCAAAAUGUGGACGACCAGACUGUUCGAAGUCUCAAUGGUUGUAGAGUAACAGACCAUAUAUUGCGCCUGGUCCCAAAUAUUCAGAGUUUUCGUACUACACUGCGAUGUAUGAGGCUGUGGGCGAAGCGGCGUGGAGUUUAUUCAAAUGUCACUGGUUUCCUUGGUGGUAUCAAUUGGGCAUUGCUUGUUGCCCGCAUCUGCCAGCUGUACCCAAAUGCUCUGCCGAGCAUGUUGGUAUCCCGCUUUUUUAGGGUAUACAAUUUGUGGCGGUGGCCAAAUCCUGUAAUGUUGUGUCCAAUUCAAGAAGGAUCUUUAGGACUUUCUUUCUGGGAUCCUAGAAGAAAUUAUAAGGACAGAUCACACCUGAUGCCCAUAAUAACUCCUGCAUAUCCCUGCAUGAACUCCAGCUACAACGUCUCAACAAGCACAUUGCGAGUCAUGAUGGAAGAAUUUCAUCGGGGAAAUGAGAUAUGCGAGGUAUUAUAAUUCCUUAUCCCCCCC